UAUAUCUAAACGUUUUAGAUUUUUUCUCUUAUUCUCUAAGCUGAUAAUUUAAAUUCUUAGAAGAAUUUUUAAGGCAAAAGCAAUUUCUUAUCGUGGCGAUUGAAGUAAAACCAUAUACGUGUAUAUAAAUAAAGGCUGAGCGUUGUAUUAACAAAGGCGAAACAACGUUAAGAUAACCCGCAUUAAUUUUGACGACCACCGAAGAUGGCCUUUGUAAAAUCUGUAAAAUUGAACAGUGGAUAUGAAAUGCCUAUUUUGGGUCUAGGCACAUGGGGGAGCCCAAAAGGUGAAGUGGCUCAGGCGGUGAAAGAUGCGAUUGAUAUUGGUUAUCGACAUAUUGAUUGCGCUCAUGUCUACGAAAACGAACAUGAAGUAGGCGAAGGUAUUGAAGCUAAAAUUAAAGAAGGAGUAAUAAAGCGUGAGGAUUUAUUUGUCACUAGCAAAUUGUGGAAUACAUUCCAUCGUCCUGAUUUAGUGCGUAGCGCUUGUGAGAAGAGUUUAAAAAACCUUAAAUUGGCCUACAUUGAUAUGUAUUUGAUCCACUGGCCUAUGGGAUUUAAAGAAGGUGCAGAGCUAUUUCCAGCAGAUGAAAACGGGAAGACUCUUUUUUCUGAUGUCGAUUAUGUUGACACCUGGAAAGAAAUGGAAAAUCUGGUUAAGGCUGGUCUCGUUAAAUCAAUUGGUGUAUCAAAUUUUAAUAAACGACAAAUUGAACGUGUCCUGUCCGUUGCCGGUAUAUCCCCAGCCACUAACCAAGUGGAAUGUCAUCCGUAUUUAACACAAAAAAAGCUUAUGGCUUAUUGCAAAUCGAAAAAUAUAGUCAUUACUGCUUACAGUCCAUUGGGUUCCCCAAAUCGUCCAUGGGCCAAAGCUGGAGAUCCCGUAUUGAUGGAAGAUCCUAAAAUCUUAACCAUUGCAGAGAAGUAUGGUAAAACCGCAGCGCAAAUUUUAAUACGUUAUCAAAUCCAACGCGGCAACAUUGUUAUACCGAAAUCGGUCAAUAAAAAUCGUAUUGCUUCUAAUUUUGAUGUAUUUAAUUAUGAGUUAUCCGAGGCCGAUAUGCAGGCAAUUGACGAUUUCGAUUGUAACGGGCGAUUUGUGCCUUUACCCCAUCUUCAUGGCCAUCCCCAUCAUCCGUUUGAAAAUGAUGAAUACUAAGUCAACUGACUAAUUCAACCAACAGAACAAUUUCUAUACAUAUUUUAUAUUUUUAUAGCUGCUUUGAAAGGAAAUUCACUGUUUUUUUCCUUAAUGGGCUUUUAAUAAAGGAAUUUUAACUAAUCGAGCAAAA